AGCUGAAGCCGGUUGAUUGUUAUGUUGAUGUGUCGGCUGUAGUAGUGUCGACGCUUUCGCCUCCGUUAGCGUUUUUUCUCACACUGUUGUUUAUCUUUAUUAACGGACGCUGAAAGACUGUCGCAAACAGUUCCGUCGACGAUGUUUACACUGCCAGCUUUCUUGGCGCAAUGCUGCAAAGCAGCUAUGGAUGUGUUGACUAGCGUGCCGCUUUCUGUCGGUUAUGCGAUUCAACCGUACUGGACAGAAAGAAACAUUUUUGCUUUUGCAUUGUUUAUGUCGUGGUUAACGUACGUCUGGGAGACCUACCUUUCCUACAGACAGUACAAGAUGUGCAAAGCUACGCCCCGUGUUCCUCCCGAGCUAACGGCUAUAACGGACCAGGAGACGUUCUCAAAAGCAAGACUGUAUCAACUUGACAAGAUGAAGUUUGGUUUCUACUCUGGUCUCUGGAAUGAGCUGGAGACGACGGUUGUGCUGUUGUUUGGUGGCAUUGCCUUCUUCUGGCGCUGCUGUGAGGGGCUGGCGGCCACAGCUGGUGCUCCCGGCCAUGAGCUUGUGGUCACAUCCUUCUUCAUUUUUGGAGGAUCCCUGCUGUCCACGCUGCUUGAUUUGCCAUGGUCAAUAUACUAUACCUUCGUGCUUGAAGAGCGCCACGGUUUUAACAAACAGACUCCCGGGUUCUUCGCCAAAGACAGAGUCAAGAAGUUUUUUCUGAUGCAACUCGUCAUUCUGCCAAUUGCCUGUGGUAUUGUGCAAAUCAUCAAGAUGGGUGGAGACUAUUUCUUCAUCUACUUGUGGUUCUUCACUCUCAUUGUCUCAAUUCUCAUGUCGUUCAUCUACUCGGACUUCAUCGCACCGCUUUUGGACAAGUUCACACCAUUGCCCGAAGGGGAGCUGAAAACAAGGAUUGAGGAGCUGGCAGCUAGCAUAAAUUUCCCACUGAAGAAGCUUUUGGUUGUAGAAGGUUCAAAGAGGUCAUCACACAGCAACGCAUACUUCUUUGGCCUCUUCAAGGAGAAGAAGAUUGUCUUAUUCGACACCUUGUUUGAGAAAGACGUGACAACUGAAGGCGAAAAUGGGGAAAUUGUCAGUGAAGAGGAAGUGAGCAAAUCUAAGGUGGAGCCUGAAAAGAAGCAACACAAAAAGACUGGCUGCAACAACGAUGAGAUUCUCGGAGUCCUUGCCCAUGAACUAGGGCACUGGAAGCUUAGCCACGUGAUUAAAAAUUUCGUCAUAGGCCAGGUCCACCUGUUCUUUUGUUUCAUGAUCUUCUCUCUGCUCUAUACGGAUGACCGAGCAUAUCGGGCGUUUGGUUUCUACGACUCCAAGCCCAUCUUCAUUGGGCUGAUGCUGAUUUUCAUGUACAUAUUUUCUCCAUACAACACUCUUGUCGACUUCCUGAUGACCGUCUUGAGCCGGCGCUUCGAGUUCCAGGCGGACGCCUUUGCGCGUCGCAUGCAUCAUGCAUCGUUCCUGCGGAGUGCACUGAUCAAGCUGAACCGGGACAAUCUCAGCUUCCCAGUUUACGACUGGCUCUACUCGUCCUGGCAUCACUCGCACCCACCAGUGCUCGAGCGCGUCCGCGCACUCGGCAAAUUCGACUAAGCUCAGUCGCAUCAAGAAUGGAACCCUAUGACAUCACCGACUCGUGCUGACUCAACCCGUGUAAUUGGAAAACAUCACUGGCUGUGUAGUAAACCACAAUUUCUGUUGAUUGCACUUGUAA